AACGCUACUCUUGUCGCUUGUUGCCAACUUCCCGUCAGUCAUUUUACUUUGUGGCUGUUGGUAUAUGGUCGACGAAAUCGUAAAAAAUCUUAAUCAUCGAAAGUUAAUUUACAAAGUGACAAGAUGAGUGCUGGAAUGCCUGAAUUAGGCUCAAAAAUAAGCCUAAUAUCAAAAGCCGACAUCCGCUAUGAAGGCCGUCUCUUCACCGUUGAUCCGCAGGAAUGUACGAUUGCUCUAGCUAGCGUGCGAUCAUUUGGUACUGAAGACAGAGAGACUCAGUAUCCAGUGGCUCCGCAGAGCCAAGUGUAUGAUUACAUCUUGUUCCGUGGCUCUGACAUCAAGGACAUCCGUGUGGUCAACAAUGUGUCCUCGCUACCCAACGACCCUGCCAUCGUGCAGAUGUCUGUACCACCAUCGAUCGGAAGCGGUAACCAAGGGCAAUAUGUGGGGCAGUAUAACCAUCCAGUUGUGGGACAAACACAGUAUCCACAAUAUUAUCCGAUGGGUGGGUUUCCGAGCAGUGUGCAUCCUCAAAUGAAUAAGACGAGUGAGUUGUCCCCACAAACGUCAGUGGAUCUGGCUCCGCAACAACCCGUUACAGCUCCUAUCGGAUCCGGAGUUGUACAUCACAACCAAGUGAAAGACCAAGGUUCUAUGUUAGAUUUGAUUGGAGGAGGUUCGCAGCAAAGCGCGUCUCGGUCGGGAACACCGGCGGCCGUGGGACACAGGAAGAGCCCCACUGCGGACCAGGGUACCCAGCAGGUCGGUUCGGGCGCGGGCGGGUCCACCCAGCGUGAAUCUCGCCGCGGUGGCUCUACGAACAAGCCGGCGAACCGCCCGCGACAGAACUCGCGAAGCCGCCAGCGACAGUCCAGCGGCUCCCAACCGUCGCAGCCGCAGCAACCACAACACAAUCAACAUCAACAACACAAUCAACAACAACCGCACCACCACCACCAGCCCGGUGAGCUCGUUGAAAGCCAGGGCUACAACCGCGGUGGCUGGAGGGGCCGGUCCCGCGGGCGCGGGCGCGGCUUCGUGCCCCGCAACAAGAACACGCUCAAGUUCGACAACGACUACGACUUUGAGCAGGCGAACACCGAGUUUGAGGAGCUGCGCAGCCAGCUGGCCAAGGCCAAGAUCGCGGACGGGGAGACUAAAGUGGAGAAUAAUGUUAGUCCCAUUGUAAUUGAUGGGGUUCCAUUCCAGGGCGAAGUGGACAAGAAGGACGACUCGGGCAACGAGACGGGCGCGGGUGAGGCGGAACAAGAGGACGACUUCAUGGGAUACGAUAAGAAGAAGAGCUUCUUUGAUAAUAUCUCGUGUGAGGCUGUUGAGAGGCAAAAGGGGCGCAGCCAGCGGACGGACUGGCGGACGGAGCGCAAGCUGAACUCGGAGACGUUCGGCGUGGCGUCCGCGCGGCGCGGCGCGUGGCGCGGCCGGCCGGGCUGGCGCCACCCGCACAACCCGCACAAUCCGCACCACCAGCCCAUGUCGUACUUCCCGAGCUGGCGGGCGAUGCGCGGCGGGCGCGGGCGCGGCGGGCCGCAGCACGCGCACAACAACCACAACAACCACAACAACCACAACAACCACUCCAACCACAGCCACGCCAGCGCGCACCGCCAGCGCAGCGCGCCCACCGCGCCGCCCGCGCAGCCCGCCGCUACUGCCAAGUAGGACUGGAUGAAGGAGGGUACGCCGAAUCUUAAUUUAUUAUCGCGAGGACUAAACAAACACUUAAGUAACGGAAAAGUGAGUGUUGGUGAUAGAAAGUGUGUUAAUUGUUCUAUCGUAAACUCUUAUCGGGAAUGUUAAGGAUGGAUAGAUAUUAGUUGAUGGACAUUGCUAUGGUGUGACAGUGUUGUAUCCAAUAUAUGGAAGGAGCUAUUUGGAAAUUCCCGUGAGAACGAAACAUGUUCGUCCAGAGGCACCUAAGUGUUGUAAGUAUAGAAUGGUUUGUUCAAAUUAUUGGGCUGAUUGUUUCAUGUUGACCUUUUUCUGAAAAUUGUAAAGUCGACCAGAUUGAUAUAAGGCUAUUGUGAUCGAGAGUCAACCUAGUUCGUUACGUCGAGGCUACCGAAUCGCCCGCGUAGAAUAAUAAUUGAAAGUUUAUUUAUGUAUAGUGACGGUUUCGUGAAGGUGGCUCGACUGUUGUCAUCGUGCGGCAAUGUAAAUGUGGUUGUAACGUUUCGGACGCACCUUCACGGAACGGUCUGAAGCCCAAUCAAAUCAUAUAUUUUCAUAGCUUCUCAUCUAUAAUGCAGUUGUGCCUAUUGUAACGAAUAGAUUAUAAAUGUGUUUUUAUAUUUCUGUUGUUGCACAUUUUUCUUAAGCAAUGACAGUGGCAGUCCUACUAGUUGUCGACACCGAGUUGUAUUUCUGCUGGACAGAUUGUAAUUUAUCAGUUUGUACUGCUCUCGUUUGAAACUUGUAUAGUGAUGACUAUUUUUUGACUGUCAUGUGUAUGUAAAUUGUAUUGUAAUAGUAGGACUGUGCGGGAUCCUGUGACAGAUCACUGGAUUUUGAAUUGUUUAUACAGAUUGAUAUAUCGUUAAAUAUGUAGUUAAAUUGUAUACGUCACAGGAUUCAAAUAAUGUGAGCUUUGAUCCAGUGUAUCACAAAGUUUUAGUAUAAAUUUGUUAGAAAAGGACUGCUUUCUCAUGUAUGUAAAAAUGUAUGUCAAUCGGCUCAUGUCCUUUUUUGAGUGAAUGUAAAGACAACAAUUUUUUUGACAAAUAAAAUGUUUGUAAAUCUUUAACUCAAAAACUGUACCUGGUGAUUGUAUUAAUACGGAAAUAUACAUUUACUACAAAUCUUCUAACCGUUAUUUUGAUUAAAACAUCAUAUUUGAA